AACAACCAAACAUUGAUACCAACAUUAAUUUUAAGCUGUUCAUCUCGACAGCCUUGGAAGCCAGCUCAAAGCUUUCAGUCUCGGUAUCUUCAUCAAAAUGGCAACUGCAGCCCCCAGACAAUUGGGCAUCACUCCGCCUUUAUCUACCGCGCUUCCAACAGAUGCUGAGAAGCAAGCAACUGAUGCGCUGAUUGAAGAAAUGACAAAAGAGAAUCUCUUUGAGAGCCGCGCUGAUACCGAAAAACGAUCCGCCGUCCUUGCUUCUUUACAAUCCAUCACCGAAGAGUUUGUGAAACGAGUUUGCAGAAAGCAAAACCUACCGGAGAAUAUCGUCAAUAGUGCCGGCGGUAGGAUCUUUACAUAUGGCAGUUUUCGACUCGGUGUAUAUGGACCUGGCUCUGAUAUCGAUACUCUGGUUGUCGUACCCAAAAACGUUUCCCGUGAAGAAUAUUUCGAACUUUUUCCAGAUCUUCUCGUUGAAAUGGCGCCAGAGGGAGCUAUUACAGACCUAGCGCCUGUUCCAGAAGCCUUCGUCCCAAUUAUUAAGUUUGAAUAUUCAGGCAUCAGCAUCGAUUUGAUCUUUGCGCGUAUCGAAGUACUUUCUCAAAUUUCAAGGUCCCUAAGCUUGAACGACGACAACUUAUUAGCGGGCUUGGAUGAAGCCGGUUUACGCUCUUUAAAUGGAACGCGAGUUACCGAUGAUAUUUUGAAUCUGGUACCGGAAAAGGCAGUAUUCAGAACUGCUCUGAGGGGAGUUAAACUUUGGGCGCAGAGAAGAGCUAUCUAUGCCAACAUUAUGGGUUUUCCUGGAGGUGUCGCCUGGGCUAUGCUGGUGGCUAGAGUAUGUCAAUUAUAUCCACAAGCAACCGCUUCUACAGUCAUCCUGAAGUUUUUCCGUAUCAUGUCUCAGUGGCAGUGGCCGCAACCAGUCUUACUACAGGCAAUUAAAGGUGGUAAGCUUAAUGUUCGUGUCUGGAAUCCAAGGGUUUAUAAAGGCGACGGGUACCAUCUCAUGCCAAUUAUUACUCCUUCAUACCCCUCCAUGUGCGCUACUCAUAACAUAACAAAAUCAAACAAAGAGAUCAUCUGUCGGGAACUUGCUCGUGGAGGAAAUAUCACGGAUAGAAUUAUGAUGGGCAAGGCAUCUUGGAAAGACUUAUUCGUCAAGCACACAUUUUUCACCAAAAACUACAAAUACUACCUCUCCGUCAUUUCCGCCAGUACUACAAAGGACGCUCAACUUAUAUGGUCUGGUUUGGUUGAAUCAAAAGUUAGACUUUUAGUUGCUAAUGUAGAAAACCACGAAUCAAUUGCGCUGGCACAUCCAUUCAACAAGGGAUUCGAACGAGUUCACAAAUGCAGUUCCGAGGACGAAAUCGAAGCGGUAAAAGAAGGCAAUCUACAAUACCAGAUCAAAGAAACCCCGGCAGUGACUACGGACCCAUCUCAUGAUACAGAUUUAGGAAUUGCGGUAAAGGACCAGACUGGGGAAGUCAAGGAUGAGAAUGGAGAUGCACCAAAAUCCGAACCCGAGAAAAAGGAAUCAUUCGUUUACACAACAACAUUUUACAUCGGCCUCGAGCUUCGCGAAGGCGCUAAAUCGCUCGACCUUGCAUGGUGUGUUGAUGAGUUCAAGCGAGUGUGUAGAGGGUGGGAGAAGUAUAACGAAGAGCUUAAUACUUUAUCUGUCGUUAACACUCGAAACUGCGACCUUCCAGACGAUGUCUUUACUGAAGGCGAGGUCAAGCCAACUCGUUCUCAAAAGAAAAAGAAGCGUUCUUCAGCAGAUGACGUUGAAAAUGCAUCCACAAAGAGACGGCAGGUAGUUGCUGCUGGAUAAUGAUUCACUUUUGAUCAUUGCGAUCAUAUAAUCAGAUUUGAAAAGAAGAAAAAAAACCGGAAAAACGACCAACUUAAUAACUUACUGACCUUAGGCAGUUCACAUCAACACAUUCAUUCAUUCAUUCAUUCAAUCAUUUCAUUAAAUAAAUCUUUAAGUAUCACCUACUUCCUUGAUAUUCCUUCGGGGUAAAGCCGUAAUAAUGAAAAUUCACAUUCAGGCCUGGGUACAGUGUUGAGGCAAAUUGAAAGGGCAGAUCCUCCUGAAAAUAAUCCGGCACCGGCGUUCUUAGAGGCUAUUGCUUCACUUUGUUAUUGAGGGUUGAGGGAAAGGGGGAGUUUGUCAAGUGAAAAUGACACGACAGCAAGCAUUGGUUGAAAGAUGCAGCGGGAAUUAGUCUGGGUCAUUUUCCAAUGACAUGACUACAUAGAUGACUAUGUAUUUUAAGAAAUCAAUACAAUUCAGAUUCCGAGACUACGUGUCUCACACACGCAGA